GGAAAGACUCCUUGCGGAAACAAAAGGCGGCAGGAGCAGUAAAUGAGGGUGAGGAGGGCAGAGCACGGCCUCGCUUUGACCGGAGUUGUCCCAGCAGCUUAUAUAUAAAUCCCGUGGGGCUAAAGCGUCGUCUCACCACAACAUAAGCCAGAGUUAAACUCGAGCCUCCACGCCCAAGUAUAGAAGAGAGACACUGAGACAGGCUCACACACUAGUGGUCGUGGGGGAGAUGGUGACCACGACGAUCGAGGACCUCCACGCCGACGUGCUGGGCUGCGCGCUGCGGCGCCUGGACGGGCGGUCGCUGGCCGCGGCCAGCUGCGCCACGGCCGCGCUCCGGGCGCUGGCCACGGACCCGGACACCUGGCGCGCGCUCUGCCUCGCCGAGUGGCCGUCGCUGGCGCUGCCGCUGCCGCCGGCACAGCAGCUCGCCGCGCUCCCGCCGCAGCGGCUCUUCGCCGACGCGCACCCGUUCCCGACCGCCGCCGGCGCCGGCGGGUGCGGCCUCCUCCCUCUCCCCGUUCCCGCAGGGGAGCUGUCGCUGGUCUCCGCGGUGGACGUCUACUACAGGGGCGCGCCCCUGCUCUCCCGCGUGGUGGAGACGCCCGCGUCGUCGUCGUGGUUCCUCGCCUCGCCGUUCCGCGUGGAGGCCGUCGAGCGGAAGAAGCCGGCGCCGGAGGCCGCCGCCGCGGCGCCCUUCUCGCCGGCGGAGCUGGAGCUGAGCUGGGUGGUCGUGGACCCGUCCCGCGGCCGGGCCGUGAACGUCUCCAGCCGGCGGCCCGUGGCGGUGGACCGGCACUGGUACACGGGCGAGACGCUGGCGCGGUUCGCCGUGGUGCUGGGAGGGUGCAAGUUCGAGGCCACCGUCGCCUGCUCCGACUCCGAGGGGGCUGCUGGCGGGCACGUCGUCAGCGAGGUCACCCUGGCCGUGGAGGACGCCGACGGCGCGGCGGUCAGCGGCGAGGGUGCGCUGCGGCUCCUCGCCGCCGCGAUGGAAGCGCCCCGGAAGGGAGGGGCCAGAGAGCCCGAGGAGGCCAAGAGGCGGUACCUCGAGUUCGUGAAGCGCAAGAAGGGGAGGAAGGAGAGCAAGGCGCGCCGCGAGGCGCUCGUGGACCUCUGCUGCUCCGCUGCCAGCGCUGUCGUCGUGCUCACCUGCCUCGCCGCUGUAGCGCUCCGGUGACCGGCCGGACGGACGAGCGAGCGAGCGCGAACUUGAUUAACCGUCAAGGCGCCACAAGUGCAGACAAGACGUGUCAUUUAAUCAGGAGUAUUAGCGUUAGCGUACAACAUCGAGUAGCGAUCUUUCGUGUAACAGUUAGGAACUGUACACCAUCAUGUCCAGCACUGAUGUGCAUCGUUUUCCUAUAUUAUCCUAUAACAAACAACGUGACGACAAUACAAGAAGAAAACGUCCCCAGUCGAGAGCAUUAUUAUUCA